GAGAGAAGAACGCUGCGCGCUGGACACGCCGCUGUUCACGAGUAGAUGCGCGAGUUCCACGUAGCGGUGACGUUCCUCUGACAGACUGUUAGAUCGACGAUUUCUGUUCUCUGGUUCGUUCCUGAAGUGGUCCCUGCGGAGCCAACGUAGCAUCAGCUACGGCCCGAGCGCCGCUGACCGGCACCACUGUCCCAAGUGCGACCGCAGCUACAAGCACCGCAGUCACAUGACGCGGCAUUACAGAUACGAGUGCGGCACGCCGCAGCGUUUCGAGUGCCCGUAUUGUAAGCACCACUUGCGCCAGCGCACGCACGUGUGGACGCACAUACGCACGUUUCAUCCGAACAGCGAGCUCUACUGCAUCGACAUCGCUACCAACGCGAGGCUCUCUUGGCAUCGAAAUGACUAAAGGCGACCUUCUCAAAUGGGCCAUCAAGAGCGACGGAACGCGGCCGGCCGAGAUCUCCAUCAAUCGGCGCAACGGCAUGUACGAAUGUCCAAGCUGCCACAACUUGUACAAGUGGAAGAAAUCGAUGCUGGCGCACUUGCGACAUCGUUGCAAGCAGCCGCCGAGAUUCGAGUGCUCGCACUGCACGAUGAAGAAUCACCAGAAGACGCACAUUAUGCGCCACCUGCGCGUUCACCAUCCGCAUCUCAAGGCGUUGUUUUUCGACCGAAAGCUGGGCGUCUAUUUUCGGCCCCGAUAAAAGCAACGUCGAACGCUCGCCGAUACGAUUGUUUUUGUAUUUUAAUAAAACGAGCAGUUGGAUUGCCAAGCACCGUGUGGUUCAUUUGCGACCAGCCCUGUGCUUAACGAUCUGCUGCGAUCUACACCGAUCCCAGAGAUUCUACACAUCACUCAUCUCUUUUCUUCUUCCUUCUCUCGCUUUCUUUCUACCGAGGAAUGCGAAUGUGUGUUAAUCAGAUUCUCAAUCAAUUGCAGAUCAUCGCCGGCUACCGCAUGCUAGGCGGUACCGUUCAUCGGUCCCGUCAAUCGGUCAAUAAAGAUUCACCACAGAUCGGACAUACAUAUGUCCGAUUCGUCGGUCGACUGUAUGUUACAGUCGGUUUACCGUCUUAUAAAAUUAACAUCGCGCAACGUCGCACGCAUAGAUUACUUAUUUACGACGUGUGUACAGACGAAGACGGAGAUGCUGAGUACGUGCAAGGUCACGUCGCGAGGAGCAUCUUACAGAUUUAAUCAUUUUCGUUAUACGCUGCUUGUGCUGGGGAACCUGAUGGCGGCCUAGAUUGAACGGCCGAUGGUCAUCAAUAAAACUUUCAUCUCUCGCGCGCACUCGAGCAUGCUCUUCAGCAUCUUCGUCUCCGUGUUUCAGGGCUGCACGUGCUGCCGCCGU